AUGGUGAGGUCGUCAAGAGCAGGUGUCGACUGGAAAUUAUUCAGGAAUAUCGCAUUAUCUUGGGCUGUUACAUUACCUAUAUCGGGUAAGUUUCAGAGCACUGUUUGA